GUUCUCUAACUCGUUUGAAUAUAAUAAAUUUCUUUAAAUCUUUCUAAUUGAGACAAAAAUUUACAUGAUUUACAUCGAGCGUGUCGUCUGCUUGAUAGAAAAACUUGACAUUUGUUGAUGUUGACAUCGCCAAAUAUUUUGUUUUUUUUUUUUUUAUAAAUAAUAGUGUAAAUGUUAAAGUACUAAUUAAACUUAUAAAUCGAAAAAAAUUGGCUCGUUUUAUAAAAUUAGUUUUUAACAAAUAAAAAAACGUAAAAAAAAAAGAUAAUUGCAAAAUGGUCUUGAGCGAGGGUCCAGAUCCUGAGAGUAUGGGAUGUGGUUUUAAUGCUUUUAAAGAAAUUGACGAAAUAAAUGCAUUAAUUAAACAAUUGAGAGAGCCUGAUUUACCAUUUCGAACAGUGGAAAAAAAUAUGGAACAAUUUAAAUAUAUUUUAACACAAUAUCAAGAUCAACAUCAUCUUUUGGAUCCGCAUUUGGAAAAUAUUUUGGAUCCAAUGUUGGAAAUUGUUAAAAAUGAAAAUAUUGCCGAUAGUGUGAAACACAAUGUUUUUAAAUAUUUAUAUAUACUUAUGUCGGUGAAAACUUAUAAGAAAACUGUUACAUAUCUUCCACACGAGGUAAUGGAUCUUUUACCGGUUUUGCGAAUGUUGGAAAAACAAGAUACAACUGACAAUGAAACAUGGGAAACACGAUAUGUUCUUCUUAUUUGGUUAUCAAUAAUUUCGAAAAUUCCAUUUCCCCUCUCGCGUCUUGAAAUUGAUGAACAAAUUGAUCCAGAGAAAACAAUUAUCGUUAGAAUUGUGCGAAUUUGUCAGCUUUAUUGUUUUUCCAAAGAUUCUUGCUCGAUUGCAGCUGUAUUUUUAAUUGCAAAUUUUCUCACUCGAUCGGAUGUUAAAAAAUUAUUUCUAGAUGAAAUGAUCAUGUGGUGUUUGAAGUGCCUCGAGGAAGAUUCAUCAAGACAUGGAUCUCUGGCCGUUUUAGCGUCAAUUUUAAAGCAUUGCGCUCGAGAAGAUUUGAAGCCAUAUACACAGAAAAUUUUAGAUUCAAUUCUCAAAAUUAAAUUAAAUGACAAUCCCGAUGUACUCGUUAGGAAAUUUGCAAUGAAAGUUAUUCAACGAAUUGGUUUCGUUUUACUGAGAACAAAAUUAGCAUCUUGGCGAUAUCAACGUGCAAGUAAACCAAUUAGUUUAGUUUCCAAUGUUCCUAAAACAACGAUUACCGAAGUUAUCGUCGAAUCAAAUACAACGGAAAUGAUUUCUGAAAUUGAAGACGAAGACAUUCCGCCUGUGAUUGAAGAUAUUAUAGAAUAUUUAAUUCAAGGAAUGCGUGAUAAAGUGAUUAUUAUCAGAUGGUCAGCGGCUAAAGGUAUUGCAAGAAUAACGGCUCGUUUGCCAAUUGAUUUAGCUGAUGAUGUUGUGGGAUUUGUUUUGAAUCUUUUUUCUGGCCGUGAAUCAGAUUCUGCAUGGCACGGUGGUUGUUUAGCUUUAGCAGAACUUGGCAGAAGGGGUUUGCUUUUACCACAUCGUUUAAGAGACGUUAUUCCCCUUGUUCUUCAAGCUCUUGUUUUCGAUGAACCGAGAGCUUAUGGAUCAGUUGGAUCGAUUAUAAGAGAUGCUGCAUGCUACGUUUGUUGGUCGUUCGCGAGGGCUUUUGAACCUCAUGUUUUUUUACCUCACGUUAAAGAAAUUGCAGCAACUUUAUUAACUGUCACUUGUUUCGAUCGAGAGAUAAAUUGUCGACGAGCGGCUUCGGCUGCUUUUCAGGAAAAUGUUGGUCGUCAAGGAAAUUUUCCACAUGGAAUUGACAUUUUUACUGCCGCUGAUUAUUUUGAAGUUGGAGUUAGAAGCAAUGCCUUUCUAAAAAUUAGUGUUCAUAUAGCGCAAUUUGAAGAGUACACAAAACCAUUAAUUGAUCAUUUGAUUGGGAAAAAAGUCAAUCAUUGGGACACGUCAAUUAGAGAACUUGCUGCCAAAGCUCUUCAUAAUUUGACACCGAGAGAUCCACAUUAUAUGGUUGAGACGGUGAUACCGAGUUUAUUGAAUAUGAUUGAUUCGAUUGAUUUGAACGUUCGUCAUGGAUCAGUAUUGGCAAUCGGAGAAAUUCUCGAAGCAUUGUAUAUCGAAUAUCGCGACGACAUUACCAUCACAAUUGGUCAAGAGGCGGUUGAACGAAUUAAAAAAAUGGUGCGAACCAUUCGAGUCAGAGGACAAUUUAAAGGAUUAGGCGGUGAAUUAAUGAAACAAGCUUGUGCAACAUUAAUUAAAAAAUGUGCUCUCAUUCAUUUUCCAGUUCAUUCAACGGAAGUUGUUGCUGAUUGGCAAGAUUUAUUGGAAGAGAGUUUAAGUCAUGAGGUACUUGCAAUCCGAUCAAAAGCUGCUGAAUCGCAUACAGAAUUUUUUGACGAAUAUUAUACGGAUAAUUAUACGGAUGAAAAUGCUCGUAGUGUGAUAAUUAAUCGAUAUUUGGGAAAUUUACAAGCGAGCAAUCAAAUUUUACGUAUUGGAUUUGCCCAAGCUAUUGGACACUUUCCACUUUUUGUAAUUAAAGAGAGAACUGAAAAUAUUAUAGAAUCAUUGAUUGCUUGCACACAAAUAACAGAUGAAACUGGAAAAUGGGCAGAAAGUAGGAAGGAAGCUCUUCAUUCAUUAACAAUGAUUUGUCAAACGCUGGGCGUUGAAAAUUCUGAUACAUGGAAACGAUUUGUUAAUCAAUUGUACGAUUGCUAUUUAUUGGCUCUCAAAGAAUACACGACAGAUAGUCGAGGUGAUAUUGGUGCUUGGGUUCGAGAAGCCGCAAUGACUGCAGUUAAUGUAUUAACAAAUUUAGUUUCACAAGCAAAUCUCUCAGGAAUGUUAACGGAAAAUUUAAUGGCAAAUGUGAUCGGUGGAAUUGCUCAGCAAGCAGUUGAGAGAAUCGAUAGAAUAAGAGCACAAGCUGGUGCUAUUUUUAAUUCUCUAAUACACAGUGAUCCACAAUUGCCAAAUAUUCCAUAUCAUGAGGAAUUAAUGAAAAUUUUCCCCUCUGAAGAUUGUAAGGAUAUUGAUUGGAAAAUGGAGUCAGUGACAUUUCCAAGAUUUAUAAAAAUGCUUACAUUUACACCUUAUACGGAUAAUCUUUUAAGGGGAAUAAUAUUUAGCGUUGGCGGUGUUACUGAAUCACUUGUAAAAUAUUCAAGUUUCUCAUUAUUUUCCUAUCUCAAAGAAAUUGAUGAGGAUACACUUAAAGAUCUCACUAAUAAAAUUCUCAAUGUUUGCGAGGAAAGUCAUAAAAAUGAAAGAAUGAUUAUAUCAAUUUUGGCAUUUUUAGAUCGACUACUCAGCUCUGGAAGUAUUCAAAUUAUUCUCGAUAAUAAUGAAAGUGAAAUACCAUUGCGAAUGUUGUGUCUUUUAAAAAAAGAAAUGAAAGUUAUGCACAAUACGGCAAUGACCACUAGCAGUAUUAAAAUUAUUUGUCAACUUCUUCAGGUGAGAAGCUCUGUUAGUAAACAAGCAUUUGCACAUUUGAGUCUUUAUUUAUGUAAUAAAUAUAAAUAUUUGAGAAAAGCAACAGCUACAAGAAUUUAUGAGACUUUAACGCUUUAUGGAGAAGAUAUGGAUAUAUCAGAAGAAGAUCUCACAAUUUUACUCAACGAAUUAAAUGAAACAGAUUGGGAAAAACCAGUUGAGGAAUUGCGACCAAUUAGAAAUCAUCUUUGUGAAUUGAUGAAAGUUCCUGCGCCUACUAUUCAAAAAAAAGCACAAAAAUAGAAAAAUUCACCUUUAUUGAAAAAAAAUAUAUAUAUACAAUUAAUAAAGUUAUUUAAAAAAAAACAAAUUUUUACUACUAAUAACAAAUAAAAACAAAUACUCAUUAUUGUAAA